GAGGUCCGCAAUGACAUGUAUAUCACACGCAGACGGCGUGGGCUGCAUUUCCUCGGAAGUUCCUCGCGAUCUCAAUCGGUGAGUUGUUUCGAGAGCUUCUCAAGUUGUACGUUGGGUUUCCGGCAGGCUAUGGAUUCGGUCAAUUCUUCUCCGGCGGUGACGGACGGGGCCGCGGAUGCGAAGUGGAAGGGGAAAGUUGUGGCUCCUGCUAGGUCUUCGAAGCCAUUGACUUGCGAGCUGCUGAUCCAGAAUUACUCGAAUUUCAAGCGGAGCGCCAAGCCUGGGAGGUUCAUGUUCUACGAGAACGGAUCGUGGAUGGAUUACCCCAAGGAGUUGGCGGAGGUGAUGAAAUUAGGGUUUUCGGAGGGGAAGCCGAUGGUGGAGGCGCGAGUUAUGGGGUUCAAUUGCCUCAUCGACUUUUUCCGUAUGCUCGAGGUUGAGCUCGAUUCGGGGAAUUAUCGGUCUAUUUCAUGGAUUGAUGUUGAUGGUAAGUGUUUCUUCCCAAAAUUUUUUGUUAAUAGUAGUGAAGAUAGGCUUGAGGAUGAUGUUGUAAAUUGCAACGAGGCAUGCCCAAAAAUCCAAAUUGAUAUCAAAAUAAGAGAUAAUUCUGUAGCCGGCGCGGCUUUGAAGUCGGUCGAUGAUGUAAAUAUAAGUAAGAGAAAGAGGGAGAGAAAUGCCGAUAAUGUGAAAAUGGAAGGAAGUUCGUCUAGCAGUAAUGCGAAGAGGAGACAUGUUGAUGUUGUUGGGACUGAAUUGGACUCGCCCCGUUGGGUGAAGACUCGAGUUUUGGGAGCUGAGGAGAAGCAAUAUGAAGUGAUUACCAACUUGUUUUUGACGGGACUGCAAGCUGUCGACCCCCAGGCUAAAGUUACAUCUAUUCAUCAGUGCACUCGGCCGGGGCCGAUGGAUAAGGCUCGGCGGGAGGUAUUUUUGAAGCAAAUGGAGAUAAUGGAAAGGGCCAGAGGGCGGAGUAAUGUGGUUUUUGCAUGGUAUGGAACCUCAGCUAAUGGUGUGGAGAACAUUUUGUUGCAUGGCUUUGGCAUACCUACUGAGAUGCCGCGUCACAAAGGUCACGGCAUUGGGAUCCACCUGUCGCCAAUCCGAAUUCCGGGAAUUAGUGCAAUGCUGUCGGACAUGGAUGAGAGUGGUGAGAAGCAUAUCAUUUUGUGUAGAGUGAUAUUGGGAAGGUGUGAGAAGGUUGAAGCAGGGUCUCAGCAGUUGUAUCCUUCAAGUGUGGAGUAUGAUACUGGCGUCGAUGAUCUGGACAGACCUAAGUGGUACACCGUGUGGCAUGCGAACAUGAAUACCCAUAUUCUGCCAGAGUAUGUCGUCAGCUACAAGCCCGUGAACCCAUUUGGGAUAGUAAAUGGUGCCGUUAAUGCUCCUCAUUCAGCUGAAUUGGUUGCAAAGUUAUUAUUCAGGCUGAAAACUACUCUUCCUCCGCCGAGAUUUCAAGAACUGCAAACUAUAUGGGCUUCAUUUAAGAACGGGAGGUUGACUAAAGAUCUUUUUAUGAAGCAACUGCGAUCAGCUGUUGGGGAUGAUGUUCUGCGCUCUGCCAUUCAAGAAAUCCGUGGCUGAGAAAAGGUCUUCUUUUGUCCUUGUCAUGUUGAAAUUAGGAGGAAGAGAACUUCUCUUCUAAUAUUCAACACAUGUGUCAUCCCAACUGUCGAGAUUUACAGUGUCAAUUGGAGCUAGAUAGAUGUUGGUAGAUUGGAGCGUAGUUUCGUUGACCUUGUUGUUGCAAGAUGGUGAUAGGUUAUACAUUUGAGAUUAGUUUUAAUGACUUUGUUAUCUUGUUAUAGUUUGGUGAAAGUUUGCUUGUUGGUUCA